AUGGCUCCUCUCCGUGGCAAGCGUGUGCGUUCCACCUCUCCCUCUGCUGCCACCACUCCCGUCAGAAAGUCUGCAUGUCUUGAAGCUCAGCCGUCGAGUUCAACUCGACAGUCAUCAGCUGGGUUGUCUAUCAUGUCAACUGAUACUGACACCUCGGAGAGUUGGGAGGCGUUGCGCGCAGAAGCCGCCGAGAGGGCUGACAGCUAUGAGCCUCAGAACCGGCCCGAUGAAGGCAUUCUGAAAGCGUCGUUGCAUGCAUGUCUCCAAUGGCUUCCCGAAAGGGCCGUAACCGGGCAAAUGGAAGUCAAGCACUGGAUUAAGUGUAAGCGUCCUGCGGAUAUCCCAAAAGGACACGUCGAGGCAGCGCAUAUCAUCCCAAUUUCGUAUGCCUCAUGGGACAAAGCAUCGGUAAUAUCUUCUCAACGCCCUGACCAUGUACAUUAA